GUCAUAUCUCUAGUAAAAUCAAUCUCUUAAGACUUGGAUUAUCUACAUGUAGACGUAGCUCUAUCUAGCUAGAUCUAAAGACUAGAUCUAGUCACUCUAGAUAGCCUACAGAUUGUAACAGCUCUAGAUUCUAGGUGCUGUUAUGGCAUAUGAUUCAUAAUAUUUAAAAUAUAUAUUUAAACGCUCUUUUGUCACAUGGUCAUGGGCCUAGCAAGAUCUUUCCGUCGUAGACGAUCAACACUACUGUUCUCCUUAGUUCUCCUGCUAUUGCUACUAGGAGGAGCAUACUACUUUGGCUUUUUCAAUGUCACCACUUCAAGUCUUGCACAGUAUUCUGUUAGGUAUCUUCGGUACCAACAUUACAAGCAAACAGAGGCUUACAGAGAAGGCCCAGGAGAAAAGGGGGAACCUGUAUAUCUUGAAGGGGAAGAAAAAAAAUUGGCAGACAGUCUUAUAGAAAAAGAAGCUUUUAAUAGAAUAGCCAGUGAUAAAAUAUCAUUAGAGAGAUCUCUAAAAGAUGUCAGAGAUCCCAGAUGUAAAUCUAUAGUGUAUCCCAGUGAUCUCCCAAAAGCCAGCGUGGUUAUUAUAUUCCACAAUGAAGCCUGGUCUCCACUUCUGCGCACAGCACAUAGUGUAGUGAAUAGAUCCCCUCCACAAUAUUUACAGGAGGUCAUCUUGCUGGAUGAUUUCUCUGACAAAGAUUUUCUGAAGGAAAAGUUAGAACAAUAUAUUGCUGCGACUUGGCCUGAUGGCAUAGUUCGUCUUGUUCGUACACAAGAAAGGUCUGGACUUAUUAGAGCCAAAGUUGCAGGAGCAAAAGCAGCAGUUGGAGAUGUCUUAGUAUUUUUAGAUUCUCACUGUGAAGUGAAUACAGGAUGGAUAGAGCCAAUUCUUAGCAGGAUAAAAGAGGAUCCCACUGCAGUACUAUGCCCUGAAAUAGACCUUAUUGAUAAGGACACUCUUCAGUAUGCAGGCACUGGCAGUUACAGUGUCGGUGGAUUCUGGUGGAGCCUUCAUUUCUCUUGGCGUCCUGUCCCUAAACGAGAGUCACUGCGCCGUAAAUCCGAGAUAGACCCAAUUAGGCUUGAACCAAUUGUAAGUCGAAUAGCUGAGGAUAGGACAGCUGUUCUCUGUCCAAUAAUAGAUGCAAUAGAUGACCGCUCAUUAGAAUACUCUGGUAAUGGUGGAUAUACUACUGGGGGCUUUUCUUGGAGCCUUCACUUCACAUGGGCUGAUGAUUCUCCAAGGGCUAUUGAAAGUCCUGAUUACAUUAAACCAAUACGAUCUCCAACUAUGGCAGGUGGUUUGCUUGCAGCUGAUAGGAAUUUUUUUUUUGAAAUAGGUGCUUAUGAUCCUGGAAUGGAUGUCUGGGGAGGUGAAAAUUUAGAGAUCUCAUUUAGAGUUUGGAUGUGUGGUGGAAAGUUAGAAUUUAUACCUUGUUCACGUGUGGGUCACAUUUUUAGAUCUAGUCAUCCCUACACUUUUCCAGGUAAUAAAGACACUCAUGGUAUCAAUUCUAUGCGUCUGGCUGAAGUUUGGAUGGAUGAUUACAAACGUUUAUUUUAUACACACCGCAAGGAUUUACUGGGCACUGAUUAUGGAGACAUAUCAGAAAGGAAAGAGCUAAGAAAGAAAUUAAAUUGUCAUACUUUUAAAUGGUACUUAGAUAAUGUGUACCCUGAAAAAUUUAUUCCAGAUGAAAACGUGAAGGCUUGGGGAAUGGUUCGUAACCCAGACUCUGGAAUUUGUCUGGACACUUUACAGAGAGAUGAGAAAACUGUGUUUGAUGUAGGCAUGUUUAGUUGUCAGAAUGGUGGAAGUGCAAGUCAGGUCUUCUCCUUAACUUUAACCAAUGAGUUGAGGAGAGAGGAAGCAUGCCUGGAUAGCUCAGGUCAGGAUGGCAGUCGAGUUUCAUUGAGGCCCUGUACUGGACAACAGAACCAGAAAUGGAUUCAUGAUAAGUCUAAGAACACCAUAGUGCAUCAAGCCUCUGGCAAAUGUUUGGACACUGGGGGACAAAAAAGUGGUGACAAUGUUGUGGUCAAUACAUGCUCAGAGAAUGGCAAUCAGAAAUGGACGAUGCAACAUUAUCUAGAUAAGUGAGCUGUAUCUCUUUGACCUUCUUUGUUUCAUUACAGUCUCACUUUAAACAAAUGCAUAAUUUUGUUUUAGAAAAAGUGUUUUUUUACAAGAAGAAAAUUUCAUUAUUAUUUUUUUGACAUAAAAUAUGUGAUCUUUAUUCACCUACAUUUAUUUUAAAACUUUAUUUUCAAAUAUUAUUUUAUUUUCUCAUUUUUAUAUUUAACAAUGAAAACCAUUAUGUGUAAUAUACAUUUUUUUUUCAUUUUGAAUAUGAUGAAAUUUUCGAUGGUAAUAUUUUUACCAUUAAUUUAUCAUGAAAUAUGUUGAUUAAAACAUGUCUAGUAUUUCUGUUAUUAAAAAUUUACAUAAUUUGUACAAUUAUUUGAAGGGCGAAAACUACACAUAAUUCAGAGAUCUUGUACUAAAAAUUGUAAAGUUUUUUUUUUCAGCAUAAAUCAAUAUAUAGACUAAAUGAAUAUGGUCUAGAUUUGAGUUGAAGUAUAAAUAAAGCGUGUCUACAAAUACCACUGCCAUCACCAUUCUUUAUUGACUGCAAUGGAACAAACAGAUUUUGCAUACUGCAGGUCAUGUCUGUCUUGCCAACUAUAUAUAUUUAACACCACUUUUAUUUAAUGUUCCAUUUUGUCUUUGUUUUUAAACUCAAGUGCUUUUUCUUACUGUGAUGGAAAAUGUUAUAAGCAUUGAUCAGUUCUGACUAUAAUGUAACCACUCUUUGCAUUUGAGUUGUAUUUUUUUUUUUUUCAUUUUGAUUUAUUGCUAAUGAAUGAAGUGAAAGUUCAUCAGGGUCAAGUCUAGUGUAUCUACACAGACCUAUUGUUCAUAGAUGGCUACAAGCUACUAAUAUGUUGGCUUCUUCUAUUACUGUUACCUACUUUUGUAGAAAGCAAUGUGGUGCAAUUACUUUUUACACUAUCAGAUGUUGACUAGAAGAUCUGUUUAUUGUUUUCAUUCAUUUCUCCGAACCCAUAGUUGACAGUAGUGAACUGACAUUCCGGACAUUCAGAAUGAAAAAUAAUAGUCUUUAUAUUAUCCCAUGGACUGUCGUGUUAGGUAGCUUUCAGCUCUAUGACCAAGUCAAUACAGGUAGAACUUCCUACAGUAAUGACAAAAAUGUAUGGGAGUUGCGUUUUAGGUGUUGGGUUCUAGUCUACACAAAUGUAUUUUAUGAGUUAGAAGAUUUUAUAAGGUUCUGACGAUGAGCUACUUAUGUCUGACUAUCAGCCAUGCACAUACACUAAAUUUUUGUCUGUACUCUUGCUUAAAAACUGUAACUUGUUUAUAUGAUCAUUAAAAUAUUGCGGGAUUUUUCAAUGAAUAAAUAAUGGUUUAAAAACUUUUUUUUUAAUAAUUAGCGAAAUGACUUUACAUUUUUUAAAUUAUGUUGAUAGCUUUUUAUUUCCUAUGUGUACAUUUGGGCAAAAGUGAUGAAGCAAAGUUCAUUUAAAUAUUUCACUACUAUCAAUGAGUGUUGUACUGGCCAAAUUACAUCCUUAUUAACCAUUGUUUUCUUUGACAUGUUCCUUCAGAUUUGAAGAUUAUCCUAACCCAAACCUCUUGAAGGGGGGUGGUGGUGAAUAGGCUUUGAACAUGGGACCAUCAAGAUUGUUGAAUAACAGUCCAGAGCACAUACCACCUGAUUUAACAUUAUCUACUUCUCAGAUCACUAGUUUUCUAAAGGCAACUUUAGAAACUGAAAGUUUUACAUGUACUUAAUCAGUUUAUUCAAAAUGUUAUUCACCUUUUCUGGUUAAGUUUUAAGAAAACUUUUAGUCUAACUUCACAACUAGUUUGAAGGAGCAAACAUGCUAAUUAUUAGAAAGCUUACAGUUAUUUUAGAAAUGAUUGAUCUCAUAUUUAGUUGAUAACGAUGUAUUGAAAACCUCAGAUACAACAUUCUAAAUCAUAAAACACAAUUACUUGUGAUGUGAUUAGAACACAAUAAAUGUUGACUUUCCAUUUUACCUUUAAAUUUUGUUUUUUAGUAGAGUCUUGCCUGUUAUCUGCAGAACCAACUACUAGGGAGAUUUAAUCUUAGAAGUUAAACUGGUCCUAUUAAAUUAGACUCAAAGGUAUUCUUUAAAUAUGCCUAUCAGAGGAGAGAUCCAUGUUAAGGCUUGAACUUGCCCAUGUUACAAUGUAUCCUAUAUCACAUCUCUUCAUAAUGCCAUUAAGAACUAUUGCAACUAUGUGUUCAAUGUGUGAAAUGCUCAGGUUUUGAGGAAACUGUUGUCAUAGGCUCUUUGCUCUUUAUCUCAAUCUGUGUUUGUAAAAUGUUUGACAUGUUUCAGAUGUUCCUUCUGAAUUGAAGAUAAUCUACUUCCUAGUCCAAACCUCCUGCAGGAUGAGGGGGGAUGGCAGCGGGGAGGGUAAGAACCUGGGACCAUCGAGACAACCGAACAACAGUCCAGCGCACUUACUAGGCAGCCGUCUUGACCAGUGUUUGUAUUCAUUGAUCAACAUUAUAUAGCCGGCUUUAUGUUGAAUACUUUGUAGUAUAAAAAUGUCAAAAGUUAUUCUGAAGUCUCUGUAUGGUCUUCUCCUACCCCAUGAUGACUUAAAAACUAAGUAUAGAUUAAAAGACUAUGGAUCCAACAAUAAAUUCAAAUACUAUAAAACUAAAUGUAGCUUCAAACAAUGUAACUGACUGCGUCAUAACAUUUUGAAACCAAUCAUUGUAUGUUUUGUUUUUUAAAAUCCAUCAAAUUUGAAUAAAAUGUCAUUAUAUACUGGUGGCCUGUACUAAUAACAAAAUAAACAUAAACUUAUACAUAAAAGUUGUAAUUGUGUUUAUAAAAAAAAAAAAGUAAAGUUCUAUAAGGCUGAUGAUAAGGUCAUCUGUUUCUUUGUCUAGCAGUUAACAAACAGGGUGUCAUGUACCCAUUAGAGUUGGGGGGACUCUAAAAAAUCCAGAAUUCAAAAUCCCAGUACUCAUCGAGAUUCAAACCCAGGACCAGAGAUUUGAAAGCCAAGUGCUUAACCACUCAGCCCCUGCGCCCCCAUAGUAAAUUGUGUUUAGCAUCUAAAAAUCUUAUUGAUAACAUUUAUCUGUAUCAUCAUUCAUCUAGUUGUAUGUUCAUUUAUUAUGAUAGUUUAGGAAAUCCCUGUGUUGAGAAUGUUCCUCAUCAUCAAUGCAUUGCACAGAUUGAUCUGUAUAGGUCUGUAUAGUUGAGAUGGCAGUGUAUGUGAAGAGACCAAUGAACUGCAUUGAUCAGUUUGUAGGUUGUUAUUUGUUUUUUAUAAUGAAUGAAAGGUAAAAUGUAUAUUAAAAAAUAGCUCAGAAUGAGUUCCACAAAAUUAUUGAACUUAUGAUAUGGUUUAAACAUUUGCAUAAAUAUUGUUUCUACAUUGUUUCAUUUCUUGUGUACUAGAUCUACAACUACAAAACAAUGUUUACUUCAUUUCGGUGUGCUUGCCAAGUUUCACACAUUUGGUUCUCGUGUUGAUGUUUCAACUAGUCCAGUCUCAACAUGAGCCCAUAUGUAUAGAGUUGUAUGAAAGCUAAAACUAUUGUUGAUAAAGAAUCAUGGUUGAUACAAAUUAAAUCCAUCAUUUUAGUUGCUCUCUGAACCUGCUACAAACUGUAUGAUGUAUGUAAUAUUUAUAUAAUGGACUUGGUGCUGGUGGCUGUGGGAGUUUUCACAAUAAACUGUUUCUAUAAGUUA